AUGGCUUGGACUGAUCAAUCUCCGGCAAGUAGCGGGGGAGGCUCCGCCGUCAGGAGCAGACUGAACCCGGAGGCGGCCGUAUUCAUACCAAGUAUCCCAGUAGAACUCACCGUCCAAAACCACUUGUACUGGCACCAGCAAUACUCCCCGCCGCCGUACUACGCCACCUCACCGGCGAGGAUAACUAUUCAAGCCCCCGUCUCAUGUAUUCCACUCUACCACCACCCACAUGGUAAUUACUUUAUAAACCCUAGACACUACGCCGCCGUACAACCACCGCCUCCGCCGCCGCAGCUCCCCCACGAUCACCACAUCACCACGGCGUCGGCGAUGACAAUCGAACCGGACCCGAGUAUCCGGAGAUGCUUUGCUGGGAUGAGAUGUGGUCGGGUUGGUGAUUCCGGGCAUGCCCGUGGUCGCGGUCGCGGUCGCGGUCGCGGUCGUUGGGGUACGAACCGACGAAGAACGUGGUGGAAGUCUGAUGUUACGACGGUGAUGAUUCGUAACAUACCCAAUAAAUAUACGCGAGAGCUUAUAAUUGAGUUCUUGGACAAGCAUGUCCAAGAAAUGAACGAGGAGGAGAAAGUGGAACUCCAAAGGUCCGGUCGGAAUGAAGCGAAGGACUUCGUGUUCUCGGCAUACGAUUUCUUGUAUCUUCCCAUAGAUUUCAAGAGUGGGAUGAACAAAGGGUAUGCGUUCGUGAACUUCACAAAGGCAGCAUCUGUGGGGAAGUUCGUGAAGGCAUGCAACCAUAAGCCAUGGGAUCUUUUCAAUUCCAAGAAAAGACUCGAAAUUGCGGCUGCUAGGAUCCAGGGCAAAGGUGAGUUGGUCCGACAUUUCGAACGAAUGGCUUACCCGCUGGAAGAGUAUGCCGCCGUAUACUUCACUCCUCACCGAAGCGGUCCGGACGACAGUGCCAAAACCGUCAUUGUCGGAAAUUGCAUCAGAUCCCUUGAUCAGCGAUCCAUAUGA